GUUGCAAAAUUUUUUGUGUUUGUUACUUUUUGCACUUUACUUAUUUAUUUUCUCCAUUUUCCAUAACCAAUGGCUUAAGCUUAUUUAUGAUUAUCUUUCCUUAUUAGGCACCAAAAAGAGACAAACCAGUUUCUGUGUGCACUCUUACUACACUACAUUGCAUACACACCUUUCACUUCUGUCAGAGCUAAGACAAUGUGUGAGUUUCAGGCACACACAUUGUUCCAUUCUCUUUCUCUGUCUUAGACAAACAAAAGCAAUGGCUCUUUCAAACUUUGGAGGACUCUUUCACUUCACCCUCUCUUCUUCCGGCUACCCUUUGUUGCAAUAUAAAAGGUAGGAAAUAGAUAUUGACUGCUUUCUGGGAUCACUCAUACAAUGAAAUCAAGUUUUAAAAAUGGUUGGCCCUCUGUCGUGCGUCUUCGACUCAGAGACAAAUCAGUCACCCCCUUUUGCAUAUUCUCUAAAGUGAAAUCAGCUGGCAACAUACCUGGGAAUACUCCUGUCUAUCUCAAUGUCUAUGACUUGACAACAGUAAAUGGCUAUAUGUUUUGGGCAGGCCUUGGUAUUUUCCACUCAGGGGUUGAAGUUUAUGGAGUAGAAUAUGCAUUUGGAGCUCAUGACUAUCCAACAAGUGGUGUCUUUGAGGUUGAACCUAGGCAGUGUCCUGGAUUUAAGUUUAGGAAGUCAAUAUUCAUGGGAACUACUAGCUUAGAUCCUUUCCAGAUUAGAGAGUUCAUGGAGCGCCAGUCUGCAAAUUUCAAUGGUGAUACCUAUCACUUGAUUGUGAAGAAUUGCAACCAUUUCUGUGAGGAUAUUUGUUACAAGCUAACAGGCAAUUCUAUACCAAAAUGGGUCAAUCGUCUUGCAAGAAUAGGUUCCUUUUGCAACUGCAUACUCCCUGAAGCUCUUAAAACUUCCACUGUUCAGCAUGAUCCCAACGUUCAAGGGUGUGAGAGUGAGAAAAGAAGACUGAGAACCGCCUUCAGUUGCUUGUCAUCAAUCUCAAUGCCUCAGAAGGAAGUAUCAAUGUCUUCAUUAUUUAUGCACUCUCACUAUAAAGGUUGCUUACCCCCAUGGGAGUUAAAGAAGUCUAAAAAGGGCUCACUAAAGAAAAAGUUAGAAGACUAGUUUCCCUCUCAGUAACUCUUCUCUGCUGUAGAGUAUCCAUUGUCUUUCUGGUAACUUGAUCAUUGGAAAGAAAUUAUUGCUUUCAGUCAUAUGUGCAAGUGCUCUUUCUCAAGUGCAAAAUUUUAUGUGCAUAUUUAUUUUGAAUAUUCAAGCUCAUGGCUUUGUGGCUUUUUUUUACUUUCUCUCUCUUUUUUUGUGUCUAGUUUUCUGCUUGUAAUCUUCGCUUGAUUGUGAAUCUAUGCCAGAUAUAUUGCUGUGUCAGCUCAAUUUUUUAUA